CCCAAUCAGAAGAUAAGAGACUUUAUACUACAACUCCAAAUUCAAGCCUCAAAGUGUAAUUUUGGAGAUCAGCUGCAUACACAACUACGUGAUCGUCUAAUUGCUGGAAUCAACAUUCCUAAAUUAGAGAAAGAGUUAAUUCAGAUUCCUUCUUGUACGUUUCAAACUGCUAAAGAUGUAUGUAUUACAUAUGAAGAUGUCAAUAAUGAAUACUCUGCUCCCACUACGUCAGUGUCUGAUGUUAUGCUUUCUAAAGUCGAAAAUACAAGUGUUCAUGGAAAGAAAUCCAAACUGCCGUCCACAGGUAAUAGAAUGCAGCGAGAGAUCAAAAACAUUAAACCGUGUUUAUCCUGUGGAAAGUUACAUCUACGAAGCACUUGCCGUUUUCGGAGUGCUAAGUGCUAUAAAUGUGGUAAAGUUGGACACAUCAAGACGGUUUGCAGGAGUUCGAGUACUUAUGUUGCUCAACAUUCUUAUAAUUCUCCCAAGCUGUCUAGUAAAAUGGAGUCUAUGUGUCUUUCAACUUUUCAAAAUACUCAAGCUAAUCCAACGAAAACCUCCACUGCAAGUUCAGCAACGCAAGUAUCAACUGUAUUCAAAAAUGAGGUAGCUAAGUUGCAAUGUGAACUGUCGAAAGCACGAAAAGACCUGAAUGAGAUGAGAGAGCAACUGAAUAAAAUUGAGGAAUUACUGCAUAUGCAUAGACUACGUCUGGUGAAUCCAGAGCAUACAAGUUCUUGUGAAAGUCCUGCAAAACUAUUCAAAUCUCGAAUUCUCAAAAAGCAUCUGAUGUCCACUACUUCUAAUGUACAUUAUUACAAAGAUAAUAACUACAGACCUUCUGUUGGAAUUAUACUACAAAAAAUGGGAAAUCGAGUGGUGAAGAUAUUAGACAUCAAAGAUCACUCAGUUCAUAACGGACACCUGGACAAAGUGACAAUAAAUGAAGUAGGUCGUUCCAAUUAUAAUAUUAUUGAUUCCGCUAAUAAUCCUGAUUUUGUAGAUAAUUCAGAAAUAAGUCCAGAUAGUACUGAUGAAAAUAAUAUCACAGAAUCAGUUAGCUCGAAGCUACUUGCAAGCAAACCGAGACAUCGUUAUAAAUACGCGAGGAGAUAUUCGAGGUGUGGCGGAUGUGGUGAUUGACAAUUUCUAUCUCUGUAUUGUUUAAAUACUUACUGUUGACUGUUGAUAUGUUUCUUAUAUGAAUUGCAUUCUAAUUCCGCUAAAUACAAAUUCCGGAUUGCUGCCCUCUCUGAGUUUUGGUUUCAUUCGUAUAAUUCCGUC